UGGGCGGGCGGUGCCGGCGGCGCCGCGGGGCCCCCAUGGCGGCGGCAGCGGAACGCACGGACGAGCUGGUGCGGGAGUAUCUGCUCUUCCGCGGCUUCACCGCUGCCCUGAAGCAGCUGGACGCCGAAAUCAAGGCGGACCGGGAGAAGGGUUUCCGGGUGGAUAAGAUAGUGGAGCAGCUGCAGCAGUUUGUGCAGAGCUACGACCUGGCUGCCCUGCGGGAUUACUGGAGUUAUCUGGACCGACGCCUUUUCAGCCGUCUGGAAGACGUGUACCGGCCAACGGUGAACAAGCUGAAAACCAGCUUGUUCCGAUACUACCUGGUCCAUGCUGUACAGAAUGGCCGCAAUGACAAGGCACAGGAGUUUUUCCUCAAGCAGGCCUCCGAGCUCCAGAACCAGGCUGAGUGGAAGGAUUGGUUUGUCCUGCCCUUCCUGCCUGCUCCAGACUCCAACCCCACCUUUGCUACCUAUUUCUCGCGCCAGUGGGCAGAUACGUUCAUCGUGUCUCUGCACAACUUCCUGAGCGUCUUAUUUCAGUGCAUGCCAGUUCCAGUCAUACUGAACUUUGAAGCUGAAUGUCUCAGGACCAGUCUCAUACAAGAAGAAAAUGAAUCGUUGCGGCAUAAGCUGUUUGCUCUGCAGGCUGAAUCCUCCCGCAUGAAGAAAGAGGAACUGGAGGUGGAACAGACAGUUCUGCAUCACAAGUUGCCUGCAUAUGUGGCCAACAUGGAUCGACUAGGGGAUUCUGAGCUUGAUAUGACCUGCAAUCAGAGAAGUACAGCACAUUCUCUUCAGUCCCGGGGAGGCUUUCUGUCCUCCUUUCUCUCCCAGAGUAAAAAGGGCCCUUCCAGACCAAUCCAUUCAAGUGGGGCUUCUCCAAUGCAGGCUAGCAGUAUGCUGCUAGGGAAGAAAGAACCAACAAAUCACCAGAGUGCCAAAGGAAAAGAAGGAGCAGUGAGCUCUAAGGAUGGGAAGAGCCACUUCAGUGGUUUAGUGGCAGGCGAGUCCAGUUCCCUGCAGCAGCGGCAGAAGCGCUUGCAAGAGCAUGGGAAAGAAAGGAAGGAACUGUUGUCAAAAGGGACCUUCCAGGAUUUCUUCCUUCAGGGCCAAAGUGCUGAGAAGAAAACAGAUACUAACAUAGCUGAGGCAGAACCAUGCUCAGAGCUGCAUGCUGAGCAAACAGAGACUUCAACCAAAAUGCCUGGCAGCAGUGCAGAGGCUGUGGGAGUUCGGCAGGAGCAGCCUUUCAUCGUCCUGAGCCAGGAGGAGUAUGGGGAGCACCAUUCAUCCAUCAUGUACUGCAGGGUUGAUUGUUCUGGACGGAGGGUGGCCAGCUUGGAUGUGGAUGGGGUCAUCAAAGUCUGGUCUUUUAACCCCAUAAUGCAAACAAAAGCUUCAUCCAUUUCCAAAUCUCCAUUGCUGUCCCUGGAAUGGGCCACCAAGCGUGAUCGGCUGCUAUUGCUUGGCAGUGGGGUUGGGACAGUUCGUCUUUAUGACACAGAAGCAAAGAAGAAUCUCUGUGAAAUCAGCAUUGAUGAAGACAUGCCCAGGAUCCUCUCGCUUGCCUGCAGCCCAAGUGGUGCCUCCUUCGUCUGCUCUGCAGCAGCCCAGAGCCCCGUCUCCCACAUUGACUUCUCCGUAAUCAACUCUGGGGGCAAAAGCAUGAACCAAGUUCCUGGGAAGCUGCUACUGUGGGACACUAAGACAAUGAAACAGCAGCUGCAGUUCUCCCUGGAGCCUGAGCCCAUUGCUAUUAACUGCACAGCCUUCAACCACAAUGGCAACCUUCUGGUCACCGGGGCUGCAGAUGGCAUUGUUCGUCUCUUUGAUAUGCAGCAGCACGAGUGCGCCAUGAGCUGGAAGGCACACGAUGGGGAAGUCUACUCUGUGGAGUUCAGCUAUGAUGAGAACACAGUCUACAGCAUAGGAGAGGAUGGCAAGUUUAUUCAGUGGAACAUCCAUAAAAGUGGUUCAAAGGUGUCUGAAUAUGACCUUCCCAGGGAAGCUACAGGUCCUUUUAUUCUGUCUGGGUACAGUGGCUACAAGCAAGUCCAGUUCCCACGAGGACGGCUUUUUGCUUUUGACUCUGAGGGCAAUUACAUGUUGACAUGUUCUUCUACUGGGGGAGUAAUUUUUAAGUUAAAUGGUGAGGAAAAGGUUCUGGAGAGCUGCCUUUCCCUGGGAGGACACCGAGCUCCUGUUGUCACAGUGGAUUGGAGCACAGCCAUGGACUGCGGGACCUGCCUCACUGCUUCUAUGGAUGGGAAAAUUAAAUUAACAACCUUACUGGCUCAAAAGUCUUAACCUGGACAGUACUGAAGGGGGAAAGAGCAAUAGAGCUGACAACCCCAGUGUUAACUCACAGGAACAAACUGCAUGGGAGGCAAGGCAAAGCAAAGUCCCUCUUCUCAUUGUAGCUUUUGCCUCUUGAUAAGUACAUUUGCCAAAGCACUGUGCAACAGAAUGCCAGUAUGGGACUGGAUCAGUGGCAGCACUGAAAAAUAAGUCUCCACUAAUCCAUUGUGGCAGCUGGACUUCCCUCUGUUAGGGAGUCUUGAGUAGCACGUGGCUAAAAGGCUGUGGUCAUGUCAGGGUUCUGCAGAAGGUGAGGCUGGAGGAAGCAAGCAUGAGGCAGCACAGUGCAUGACAAUAAGGUGACUCAAACUGGAAAGGCUGAUGAGAAACCAGAGUAUUCUUUGGGUAUAACAUUUGUUGUUAUGAUUUUGUUAGUUUGUUUUUAUUUGGUUUUUUUCUGUAAAAAGAAAAUAUUCCCUUGCAUUUGAACUCUA